CUCUCUAUUAAUGAAAUUAAUGACAAUUUGCAAUUUGAAUGGAUUGAUUAUGAUAAUAAUAGCACAUUCAAAGAAAAUCCUAUUGCUAAUGGUGCAAAAUAUCAAUUCCUAAUACCCUUGGAUUGA